AUGUCCUGUCUCCUGGGAGGCUGCUUGUUGCAGUACGCAGCCCCCGCCGGUGACGGAGAUGUGGCGAUGCAUAUAUACCGGUUUCCCGCUGCGUGCUAUUGCGAUGGGCCUCAGUCAGGUUAUCUGGACAACCACAACAUAUCGCCGGAACUCGUGUUGAGCGAUGAAUUUGGGAUCCUUUGGAAGAACACAUAUGGGGAAAAGGAACGAUGGUUCGCCCGACCCCUUACUUUCACUCCAAAGGGCCACGACCAACUGGUUCUACUUGCUUCCACGGCCAAUGUCGUUCGUACCGUCGACGCGACGACAGGCAAAUUGAUACAUUACUAUGGCAUCAUCGGAACACCGGCGAUUGACCCCAAGUCGGAGAUUGCGUACUUCUUUUCAAUGGGCUAUCAAGGGCGGGCUAACAGUGGCGGCGUGGGAAAGGGUGAGCCUCUCCUUGGGGGCCGGUUCCCGCUUGAGAUCAAUAACAGCCUGCUGACUUCGCAAACGAGGGAUCUAGGUACAUAUUCGCUCUACGCCGUCGACCUUCAUACACUAGAGGACGUGGAAGGCUUUCCCGUACUAAUAGACGGACACUACGCUGACAACGACCCGACAAGAUACUUCCUGGGCGGGACAUACCUACAACGGCCAGCAGUUAGCAUUGUCAAUGGCCAUGUUAUUGGCGCGUUUGCGGGGCACUGCGAGCUCUUCAACUACACCGGCAUGGUAGUCUCGGUUAGCACGACCCCCGGCGUCGGCGUCGCAUCCAUGUUUGCCGUGGUCGCGAGAAUGGGAGGAAUCUGGCACGGCGGAAUGGGUAUCUCGACCAUUGGAAACAAUGUCUUUAUCGUGAGCGGGAACGGCGAUGGUGCGGACAACGUCGAUCAACCCGCAGCCGGCGACGUGCCGAUCUCCACGCUCUCCCAGGCCGUAGUCCAUUUCGAAAUCACAAAACGCGGCAAAAUCUCUUUCUCAAAAGACAUUGGCUCCUCUGGCUUCACCAUCCUAGAUCGCGACGUCUUCUCCGGAGGCGGCGUCGGGCAGAUCGGGCUCACGGGCGGCAAAGAAGGAAAGCUUUACGUUCUCGACGUCGACAAUCUCGGCGGCUUUAUGAAUGGCCCCAAUGGCAGAGACGACGCGGUGCAAAUCAUCCAGGCUGAAGGGGCCUUGUUCGGUGGAGUGGGAUCCUACCCUCUUGAAGGAGGCUACGUCUACUUCACACCCCUCGGAUCUCGAACGGCCGCCUACAAGCUCGAGCCCCUGGAUGACGGCACGCCAAAUUUCGCUCUCGCUGGAUACAGCACCAAGAAUGCGACCAGCGCGACGGGCAUCGGACCCCCGACAGUAACCACGCUUAGAGGCAAAAGGGGAACUGGGAUCGUGUGGGUUGCCGACCUGGCCGCCGGUCUGCGCGCGUUUAAGGCCGUUCCUAAUGACGCGGGGUCCUGGAGGAGUUGGCUAUACCGGAAACCGGACCCGUGA